UCUCGCUAGGUCGUGCUUGGCUCUGCCCACUGUGAUUACUUUUAUUUUAUUGGAAACGACAGGGUGUGGUCUAUCUAGCGAUAGUUCUAAAAAAAUAUUUGACAGUGUACGUACAGGGGCGUCUUUAAUGAGGUGAUUGCUCAGGUUGCACGCUGCUGACGUGUUUGUAGGGAAGUAGCAAGCUGGCUACCUAGCUAGCAACUUGAGCGUUAUUUUCAUUAGAUGUGUGCAGCCAGUGACAGCUCAUAAUGGGAAUAAUAGCCAACGAAAUGAAAUAGUUGGCAUCAGAAGAGAAAUUGGAGCAGAUUACACAGACAAGGAAUUUGCCGUGAGGUGGAUUGAUUCCUUCAAGGGCCAUGGGCAAAUGGAGGAUGCCAGACCUGUAUAGGGCCCCCUUCCCCCUCUACACAAUCAAAGUCGACCCCAAAACAGGAUGGGUGAUCACUGCAGGAGGGGGAGGCGCUUCCAAGACGGGCAUAAAGAAUGCAGUGCACUUCCUGGGUUUGGAGUUGGUAGGAGACCAGCACUGUGCCACCCUGGUGCACUCUCAUGACACAGACACGCGUGCCACCAUGAACCUGGCAAUAGGCGGGGAUGUGAUCGCCGCAGGGCAGGACGGCAAAUGCAGCCUCAUGCGCUUCAGACAACGCCAGACCAGGGGCAAGGCCUCAGCCAAAGACGCAGGGGGUGGCAGUGAGCAGGGCGCAGCUAGGAGACGAGCUGGGAAAGGGGGUAAGGGUAGUGAGGGAGCUGCUGCUGCUAGGGGCAAUGUGUCCGAGAUGAAGGAUAACAUCACCCAGAUCUCUGUUGACACGUUUGGGGAGGUGCAGUCGGACUUCAACCCCCAGGACCCCCUCCAGAAGUGUGUGAGGUUCAGUCCCGAUCUCAGCCUCCUACUGACUGGCGGAACAGACGGACACAUCAGAGUGUGGGAGUACCCCUCCUUAAAAGAGAAGUUGGACUUCAAAGCCCAUGAGGGGGAAAUUGAAGACUUGGACAUCAGUCCGAAUAACAAGCACCUUGUGACGGUGGGCCGGGACUUUGCCUGCAGUAUAUGGUGUGGCAACCAGCUGGCCAUGAGCCUCUGUUGGCAUGAGAAGAUGCCUCAGAUAGCAGCAAAGUCAUACCGCUAUAUGUCUUGCAGGUUUGGAAAGGUCGAGGACCAGAAAGACACCCUGAGGCUCUACACCGUCCAGAUCCCCCACAAACGAGACAGAAAACCUCCACAAUGCUACCUCUCUAAAUGGGACGGCCAGAACUUCCUACCCAUGCUGACGAACCCCUGCGGCACUGAGGUCAUCUCCACCCUGGCUGUCAGUGACUCUGGAACCUUUCUCGGCCUUGGGACAGUGACGGGAUCAGUAGCAAUCUAUAUCGCCUUUUCACUACAGAAGUUGUACUAUGUGCAGGAGUCCCACGGCAUUGUGGUGACCGAUCUGGCCUUCCUGCCUGACACUCCCAAAGGCCAGAGCCUCAAAGGGAACAACGAGGCAGCCAUGUUGAGUGUGGCUGUGGACUGCCGCUGUCAGAUGCACACUGUACGCAACCGAAGAUCCUUCCCUAUCUGGCUGGUGCUGUUCUUCUGUGGCCUCAUGGUGGUGGGAGCCGUCCUGCUCCUGCAGCACCUCUUCCCAGGAUUCAUUUAGACAUUGACAGGGAGUUAAGGAGAGGGAGAAGGAAAUAAUCAGACUGCCCUACAACCACUACUAGCCCUACAAUCUUCAACAACAACCUCUGAGGAACCCCCCAUGACACCACUCAAUCCUGGAACACGCAUCGAUCUCCUACAGCCAUCGUACCACACUUAACCAAACCGUGGAACAUUUUAACCACACUUGCCCAACCCUGGACUACAUCUACUAGAGCCAUUUACUCACUCUUAACCCAAUAAGAUCCCCUGCAUCAGUUACUAUACCCUUAACCAAUAUUUGUAUCCCCCCCUCCUUCCCUGUCACCCAUUGCCCUGAUUCAGGACUACCCCCACAGUGAAUCAUCUGUGCUCCUUCCACCCACAAUUCUGUGAGACAAGAAUUUAAUUUUAUCAAUCUUCUUUUUGCUUUUAUACCAUGGUGGGGAGUUAAGGGCUCAGCUUCAGAUCUACAUCAUCAUGAAUGUGCAAGGGGUCAGGCCUUUUUUAUCGUAGAUAUUUAAGAAAUCGUGUACAAUUAUAAAUAUACUUAAAUCAUU